AUGGUUGCCACGAGACACCACCCGCAGCCGUUCCCGGACCCUGCAACGCCGAAGGCAACAGCACGAUCCGAGGCGUCACCUUCAGCUUCUUCCCCGCAGUCUGACGACUCGGCCACUGUGUCUUCGACAUCUCGAAAGCGCAGGGCGAAGCGAACGACCAAUUCAAAGACGGCAACGCCUUCGAUCCACCUUUACUCGCACAAGGUGCCCCCUUUAUUGGUGAUUUGGCUCUUCGUUUCCCUACCGCUAGUGAUUUGGGAUACGGGAUAUAUCGCUCUCCGCCCGCAUUCGAUGCCUGGUGGGAAAUACCACUCGCCUAUCUGGAAGCUAUACGCCCUGUAUGGUACGGUCGACUAUGUAUAUGGUUGGCCGGCAUGGAACGGCCAUGUCGGUUUCACGGCCGCCCAAGCGUCAUUAAAUGCUGUCGAGACAGCAAUGUACAUCUACUACUUCAUUGCCAUAUACAGGAACGCGUCGGGAAAUCUACUGUCGGCUCCGAGUAUACAGGGUUUCUUCCUGGGCGAGGACGAAAACUCUGUCAGAGGCCCUGGAGUUGCCAAGGCAGUUCUCUACUUGUUUUCCGCUGCAGUGAUGACAUUCAGCAAGACCGUUUUAUACUGGCUCAACGAGUACUUCUCCGGCUUUGCCAAUAUUGGCCACAACUCCGCGUACAACCUUGUCUUCCUAUGGCUUAUCCCCAACGGCCUCUGGCUAGUCUUCCCCGCAUACAUCAUGUAUUUGCUCGGGGCAGAGAUCUUGGACGCGAUGGAUGGGUCUCACGCCGCGAAAGAAGAGUAG